GUGGUAAGGUGACGGGGCCGAGGGGUGGGCUCAAGCCGGGAGCAGUAUCAGCACCCGCGCCCCGCCCCGCCUCGCCAGCUCGGCCGGGGGGCUUGGGCUCUCCGGUCCGGUCAUUUUUCGUCUGCUGGCUGGCGUGGAAACCUGCUUCCCCGAGGCGUCAUGAGAUCCCCGACUCGUGGCUUGGCCCCGAACGAUGGCGAGGAGGGCACAGACAGCACGCCCCUCCUGCAGGACGUCGGGCGGACCGAAACCGCUCCGGUGUGCUGUUCUGCUCGUUACAACCUAGCAGUUUUGGCCUUUUUUGGUUUCUUUGUUCUCUACGCAUUGCGUGUGAAUCUGAGUGUUGCAUUAGUGGAUAUGGUAGAUUCAAAUACAACUUUAACAAAUAAUAGAACUUCCAAAGAGUGUCCAGAGCAUUCUACUCCCAUAAAAGUUCAUAAUCAAACGGGUAAAAAGUACCAAUGGAAUGCGGAAACUCAAGGAUGGAUUCUUGGUUCCUUUUUUUAUGGCUACAUCAUCACACAAAUUCCAGGAGGAUAUCUUGCCAGCAAAGUGGGGGCGAAACUGCUGCUAGGAUAUGGGAUCCUUUGCACCACUAUCCUCACUCUGUUCACCCCCAUUGCUGCAGAUUUAGGAGUUGGCUUUCUCAUUGCAGUCAGAGCACUAGAAGGACUUGGAGAGGGUGUCACAUUUCCAGCCAUGCAUGCCAUGUGGUCUUCUUGGGCUCCCCCUCUUGAAAGAAGCAAGCUUCUUAGCAUUUCAUAUGCAGGAGCACAACUUGGAACAGUAAUUUCUCUUCCUCUUUCUGGAAUAAUUUGCUUCUAUAUGAAUUGGACUUAUGUCUUCUAUUUUUUUGGUAUAGUUGGAAUAUUUUGGUUUAUUUUAUGGAUCUGGUUAGUUAGUGAUACACCAGAAACUCACAAGACAAUCUCCCAUUCUGAAAAGGAAUACAUUAUUUCAUCAUUAAGAAAUCAGCUAUCUUCACAGAAAUCAGUGCCCUGGAUACCCAUGCUAAAAUCACUGCCACUUUGGGCUAUUGUAGUUGCACAUUUUUCUUACAACUGGACUUUUUAUACUUUAUUGACAUUAUUGCCUACUUAUAUGAAGGAGAUCUUAAGGUUCAAUGUUCAAGAGAAUGGAUUUUUAUCUGCAGUGCCUUAUUUCGGCGGUUGGUUAUGUAUGAUCCUGUCUGGUCAAGCUGCUGACAAUUUAAGGGCAAAAUGGAAUUUUUCAACACUGUUUGUUCGCAGAAUGUUUAGCAUUAUGGGAAUGAUCGGACCUUCAGUAUUCCUGGUAGCCACGGGAUUUAUAGGAUGUGAUUAUUCUUUGGCUGUUGCAUUCCUAACCAUAUCAACAACACUGGGAGGCUUUUGCUCUUCAGGAUUUAGCAUUAACCAUCUGGAUAUUGCUCCUUCGUAUGCUGGUAUCCUCCUGGGCAUCACAAAUACAUUCGCCACUAUCCCAGGAAUGGUUGGACCCGUUAUUGCUAAAACAUUGACUCCUAAUAACACUGUUGGAGAAUGGCAAUCUGUUUUCUGUAUUGCUGCUGCUAUUAAUGUAUUUGGUGCAGUUUUCUUUACACUAUUUGCCAAAGGUGAAGUGCAAAAUUGGGCUCUCAAUGAUCAACAUGGACACAGAAACUGAAGGAACCAAUAAAUAAUCCUGUUUCUAUUGAUGUAUUUUUAUUUAAUCAUGUAUCCUAAAAGUGCCUUUGAUAUUUUAAUGUAUAAACAUUCUAUAUACAAAAAAAAAAAUUGUACUCGUAUUAAAUUUUUAGGGCAGAUAAUCAUAAUAUGUCACUAGUUGCCAGAUCAAUAAAAUUAGCUAUUUUUAAUUAUUAAUAAUAUUGAUGCUGGAACUUAUAUUUCAGUUUCACAUACUUGGCUGCACGUCAGGAAACAUGAAGUAGGACUUCUAUUUAUUUUUAAGGGCCAUAUUUAUGGGUUAAGGGUAUGAGGUGAAAUGGAUCCCCAUACAUUGGCUUAAAUUAAGCUAGAUAAUAAUUCUCAGGUUUUUUGUUUUGUUUUUGUUUUUUUGUUUUUUUUGGUCCUCUUCCCUCAUAAAAACCACCCCCUGACACUUAGGUCUCAAAUGUUAGCAUUGCCACAGAGCUGCCAGCCACUGUAUAAUUUGGCCUGGCAACUGGACUAAGGGAAGCAUACCCAGGCAGCUGCCGGGCAUUCCCUCCCUGGCUUGGGAGACAGAGUGUCCAGCAUUUAUCAGAGGCAGCAUCCACGCCCGGGGUCAGCACCACAUCUUUGCACAGUGUUCUCCCCCUCUCCCCAGGGCUGUAAAGCCCUGAAUCUGCAGGAGCUGGGAGACCCAGCAGCCAUGGUUCCGCUGCACCUCAGACCAUCCUUUCCCAGCACACAGGAAUUUUGAUUGGCAUGUAACCUGCAAAAGAAAAGUGCAAUGCCCAAUGAAUCACAAAUAUUAUCCUUGAUUAAAACUAGCCUCCUGUGGAUCAGAGUAUAAAGUUCUCUGUCCUAUAUUUUUUAAGCUACAUCAGAAUAAAAAAACCUCACUUUUUUAUCAGCCUGUCUUGAAGUAAUUCUGGUUGCAACUUGAGGUUAAAGUGACUUUUAACAGCCACAUCACCUGAGACCAGUGAUAUAAUCAUCUUUGCUGCUAGUUCCUGAAAUUAAAUUUUUCCAUAUUGAGCAUGCUUUGAAGGCAUAAUGUGAUUUAAAACUUGUUUUGUGUUUUGUUGUGUUUGCUCAACACUAUAACAUUUUAAGAAAAUUGCUUAACGUAAUAUGAUGUGAAAAUUUAUGUAAAUUUACUUCUAAAUUUGUAAAUUAAGUUGCUAU